UUCACACAGUUCCGAUUCCACCACACCCUUUUGUUGCUCUUUUCAAUUACCAGCACCAAUUCCCUGUGUCGUUUCUCAACUUUCUUUCUCUGAUCAAUUCAUGGAGUUAGGCAAACUUGACAAGACCAAGCAGAAGAUGGGGAUGGUGGUGAAGAAGAAACUAGACCAAGGUCAGGACGAGGAUUACUGUUCUGCUGAGGCUGAGCAGACAAUGGGUUAUACUCCUGAAAACGACAAUAAUAAGAAGAAGAAAGGUCAUGUCGUUUUUGGAAGCAGUAGUAUUGGUGGGAAGAAAAGCUUGUCAAGUGGGAAUAACAACAACAACAAUAAUAAUAAUAAUAAUAUGGCGAGCCGGUGUUGCCAGGCUGAGAAGUGCGCGGCUGAUCUGAGCGAUGCCAAGCAGUACCACAGGAGGCACAAGGUGUGCGAGCACCACGCCAAGGCCCAGGUUGUGCUUGUUGCUGGUGUCAGGCAAAGGUUUUGCCAGCAAUGCAGCAGAUUCCAUGAGCUGUCGGAAUUCGACGAAACCAGACGGAGCUGCCGCAGGCGUUUAGCUGGACACAAUGAACGGCGGAGGAAGAGCUCGGCCGAGACUCACGCUGAAGGUUCGGGCCGCAAAGGUAUAGGCGCUCAGCUAAAAGACACGGCUUGCGGGCAGGCUGAUGAUAGGGCAAGAAUCCAGAUAGCCCCCCAAGAGAAUGCCACUUACAAGCAUUUCCAUAUCACAUAGCUCAUAAUAUAUUCCUCUCAAGACAUGGCAUUCCUUGCUUUCUCUCUUCUGUCAUCUUAGGUAUAAUAUAAUGACGUAUUUAUAUCCAACGUUAAUAAAAUCAUGACAUAUUUAUAUGCAAGGCUUGAACUUAGGUUAACCACAAAAUUUCAAUGGUAAUAUGAUUUAUAUAUUGUGGCUGUAGAAAAUAAACUAUCAUGUGGUUUACCAAUUUGGCCAUAGUAGAAUUCUCAAGAUUAGUAGUCUUAUUCCGACCCUUCUCCCAUGUGUCUUCCUUCUACAUUAUCUCUACAAUUUUGUCUUAAGCAGUCUAGAAUAUAAAUAUUAUUUUCUGCACCAUGGUGUAAGGGUAGCAGAUGGUAUAUAACUUGAAUAAGG